CAAUGGCUCGCAGUAUGGUAUGCAUAAACUACAAGUUUUGGCGUCAAAAUGUUUGUACCAGCCACAAACCCAAGUGAAGAGGCAAUUUGGUCACCUUUAAAUCCUCUAACGACCCGAAACCAAUUGCCCUAAUAGAUUUCUUCUGAGCGACUGAACAAUUCCCUACAAAACUUAAAAUAAAAUAAAGAGACAUUCUAUUUUUCAAAGAAUUAUAACCAAAAAAACUUUCAACUUUGAUGUUCGUUGAAAAAUUUUCAGAAUCAAGCUUUUCAGAUUUCACUGUCUAUUUAGCUUUACUUCUGUUUACCUUUACCAAUAGCCUUCUGUUUCUCUACUUUUUUUUUUCAAAAUCUUUUGCCCUUUAUCCCUGAUAGCUAAUGUUUUAAACCUCUUCAUCUUGUAUUCUACUUUAAUAAUUUGACCAUCUGGCUGAACUUGUUGCGCAAAAUCAUUAAUAUCAGGAGCUUUACUGCAAUGCAAAUAAGCAAAUAGAAAUAAGCAUAAAGUGAACAAACAAAUGUAAAAUGAUCAAACAUAAAACAGAAAUACACAAAAACUGACAAAAAUGAGCAAUUAAUAACACAAAAAAAAGCAUAAAGUGAUUCUAACAAAGUCAAAGAUAGUUUAUAAUAUAUUCAUCUCCUUGGUGGUUUAAUGAAAUUUACUAUGGUUUGGAAUUUAUGGUGAAUGCCAUGGCCAAGGCCCAAGGGUCAUAUCCUAAUUCUCCCAACCAGAGUGAAAAAAUUCAGACACUUGCAGUUUGUAAGAAACUGAUUGAGAUAUCUGUUUCACGAGGCUUUUUAGACAACAUUAUACUAAAUUACUGAUGAUAAUCCAAUUGCCGCAGUACAUGCAGAUUAAAGGUCAGCCUACAGAGAGCAAGACUAAAGAGCUAGCUAAAACACAAAAGGUAACUUAACAUGUUCAGAUAUAUACUUCGUAUGAGCAAAAAAACACAAAAUGAGAAAAAAGAAAAAAAAAAAAAAAAGCACACGACCUCAUAUGCAUACUUACAUGCCAAUAUUAUACAUUUAGGAGAAAAUAAGCCGCGGAAUUUUAUGUAAGGAAGGAGGCAGGCGCGUGUAACCAAUGACGCGUAAAAUGACAAUUAUAUCUUUAGAUGUACGGUACACCCAAAUAAUUAAAUACAAAAUACGAGUAUUUCGGAACAAACAGGCCGGACUACUUACAAUUCACAAAUUCGGACAUGACUUUUUUUUUAUCACCUCUAAUUGAACCAUAAAUGGUAGGCCACUAUUAAGAUUAGCAAAUUAAUCCCACUGAAAAAUUCAACUUUGGCGCAAAACUCAAAAAAUUUCAUCACCAUCUCAAAAACUUUACUCAAUUCUCUUUCCCCCCAAAAACUCACUGAAUCACUUUCUCUCUCUUUCUCUCUAAUGGCGGACAUUGAACCUCCAUCAUUCUCCUUAGGCCUUGACUUAGACUUCGACUUCGAACCCUCUCGCAACCCUCCGCCGGGAAAACCUCCGACCCACAAAAAUUCCGGCGCAAUCGAUCCCCAAGAAAAAGGUAAACAAAAGGUUAACGAAUUGGAAGACGUCGAAUUUGAGUUGCGAGUUUCCGAUUCCGAACCCGAAUCGCCGGAAAAUACUCCCCGGCAUCGAUUCCGGCGUCUCCGUCGUGGUGUGCCCUCCUCUUACAAACCCAUUUCUACCCCCAUUUCGGACUCUAUUGAUGAUGAUGAUAUUGAGGACUUUUCUGAUGAGGAAAUUGCUCAAACAAAUGAUUUUGUGGCACCUCAACACCAUUCUUCAUGUAGCAGUUCAAAGUUACCCUUAUCUGGAUGUGGGAUCUUGAUGAGACAACAGGAAAAUGCUAAACAUAAUAGAAAAGGGAAACAGGAUUCGAGUUGUCCUUCUACAAGUUUAGGUUCAAGCAAGGGAAAAAAUUUGUUUUCAGACUUAACUGCAAGCCCCCUAAGAAGGUUUCAGCUAAUUGAUUCUGAAUCAGAUCCUGAUAAUCCAUCAGAUGUACGCACUGAGAGGAAAGCUAGCGGUGUUGGCCUUCCAAAUAGCAAUAAACAAAAUGAAUACAAUAUUCAAGCAGGAUUCAAGCUACUUGAUUCCGAAUCAGAUUCUGAUAAUCCAUCAGAUGCUCACAAUGACAGAGACGCUAGAACAGUCAACUUUUCAAAAAACAAUAAAUCAGAAGAAUACAAUAUUCAAGAAAGAUUCAAGCUACUUGAUUCUGAAUCAGACUCUGAUGAUCAAUCAGAUGGUGAACACAUUGACAGGGAAUCUAGUGGGGCUGAUUUUUCCAAAAACAAUAAACAGAAGAGUCCAGCCAUGGAAGUCAGAAUAUCUCUUGGCAAAAAUGUAGAUUUGCAGCCUCACAUUUCACAGCAGCAGGAUUUGUGGAAAGAUUUUUGUACUGGUGAUAAGUCUAGUGUACGGACUCCGGCUUUUGAUGAAUUCUUUACUGAAUAUUUUCAAUCUGUAAAAUCAACAAAACCAGCCCCAGGUUCUCACAAGCUGUGCUCAAGUGAACAGGAAAUAAGCAUGAACAACGCCAAUAAUAUAUUCCAAAACCAAAAUUCAGGAUCUGCUGUUCCUCCAUCUCACCAUUACUUUUACCAUAAUGAUUUGAGGAUCCAGAGAUUAGUCCGUAGUCGUUUACCUUACUUUAUCCCAUUGACUGCUACUGAUGCAGGGUCGAAAUCGCAUAAUGUGUCAUCUAUAGAUUACAUGAGUCAAUUUGGUCAGGAUGGUGGUAAACGGCAAACUAGCAGACAAGUCACUUUAGAGAAAAGCUCCAAAAGGGGAAGAAAGAAAUCUAAGAAUUCGGGUAUAGAAGGAACAUCACUUGGUUCUGGAGACUGGAUUAACCCUAAACAGACAGCUAGCACUCCAAAAGAUGCUGGCAGGAGAAGGGUUCAUGCUGAUGGCCAAUCUGCUGGUCGGUGGCUUGUAGCAGAAAAUGGAAGGAAGGUGUAUAUCAAUAAAAAUGGACAAGAACUGACAGGUCAAAUUGCCUACAGACAAUACAGAAAGGAGAGUGGAAGAAGUUUUAAGAAGACUAAAAAGAAGGGUGCUACGAAGAAAAAGUGAGUUUCAAGCUGCUGAGAUAGCUAUGUAGAAUACUAGAAUUAGUCUUCUCUGUGAUCUUUCCUCUUUUCGAAAAAAGAUAGUCAUGCUCUUGAGUUUUUGAUGUACUAAUUACUGUCAUUUUAGUCAGUAUGCCUGUGAAUAAGAUAAAAAACAUUACUCAUAUGUUGCAGGUUUGUAUAAUUAGAGCCAUUUUUUGUUGGUACAUGUGUUCAUUCAAUUCUGAAAGCUAAAAACAUCUCGAGUCUGGACUGAUUCUAUUUCACUGCUAUCCUCAUUUGAGUUGCUGUGUAAAAUUCUGAAGUGAAACUCUCAAUAAACUUGACUCUUUGCUACCAAUACCAUACCUUAUUCU